CAUGACCGUAGAUCCGCAAGCGUCUCUAAAGGUUAGGCGCAGCAUGUGGAUGCUGUGCUGUGUAAUGAGGGGGCUCAGGAUUUCAUUUGGGUACCCAUGACAACGAAAACGUCUCAUCUUUCUGUCGGAUUAUCAUAUACCCAUUUGAGUAUCAUAGCCUCCAUAUGGUUGAUUUGUUCAUCGAGUAAAGCCUUCUGUCAAACGCUCUGUAAGCUAGAAUAUUCAACACAUCAAACGAUGGCUCCUAACAUAUGUACACGGAGUUUUGAGUCCGAAAGGCACAGCUGCAAAUACUAUACCUGUAACUAGAACUUCGUCAGACAUAUUAUGGAUACCACUUCUCAUGAUUUCUCAG